GUACUUGCAUGAGAAAAUGGAGGCUGAUGGAGGGGACAUGCCAGUCCAGUUUGGUACUUCUGCUGCCAUAGCAAUACCAAAGAGGGCAUCACACCAAGCGGUUACUAGGAGGUCACAAUACAUAGCUGAUCUUUUGGAUAUUUCCUUGCUUGGACAAAUGACUUUAAUCCCCUAUAAUACCGGGAAUCAUUGGGUGUUGGUCGCCAUCGACAUGGCGGCUGAAAUGAUUUACUACCUAGAUUCCUUGGGAGGAAUUCCAUCGAAGGAUUUGGAGGAAAUCAUGAAUCAAGGGGUGACGAUUAAUCAUGCCCAAAAAUCCAAGAAAAGGUUGAAUUUAAAAUGGGUGAGAGUGAUGUGCCCUAAGCAAACAUGAGGAGUUGAGUGUGGUUACUUUGUGAUGAAGUACAUGAAGGAUAUUGUAUCUGACGUGAAUCAUUUGAAACAGAAUGUGAGCGCAAUUAAUUAAUUAGUGUAUCUUGUAAUGAUAGUAAGUGCUAAUUAAUUUAAUUUUACAUUGAAGUUCUCUACCGUCAAGGAGUAUACCGAAGAUGAUAUUUUACAAGUGCGUGAGGAGUGGGCUUUGUAUGCUGCUACUUUGAUAAAAAAGUAAGUUCACAUUUAAAAUUUAC